AUGCAUUCCCCCACUGAUAGUUGUAUCCUUCCUCAAGAAUCCCUAGCCACAUCCCAACAUGAUGAGACAGCUAGAGUGCAACCAGAGCCCCUUAGCUUGCGUCCAAGUGUCGAGAAACGCCAAAGAAAACUUCGCGACAUCUGCGAGUAUGUAGCUAACAUCUUGCGAGAUCUAUGUCAAAAAGACAGCCGAUUUCUUUACUUGCAAGAGGCAAUUGCAGAGUUUCUAGAUGGAGACCUUGGCUUGAGGGAACUUGGUUGCCGUACCCAACAUGUCGCCUCCACCCUCUCUCUACAAGGUGAAGACGGCUUGAUAACUCAAGACAUAAAGUCGGAACCUAUUUUACGGAGCCAUAUAAUUCCGGAUGUAGACAUGGGCGAUUAUUUGUUUCUGGCAGCGCCGUUUGAAAUCCUCUCCUCCGUAAUCUAUGAAAUCCUUGAUGUGUUCAACAUCGACAUCACAGUUCAAGAGGCUACUGUUCCGCACAAAACGUUAGCUUAUCUUGACCUUUUACAUCGCCUUUAUGAUAGAACUAGAAACCGCGAACCAAAACCGAGGAAACUAAGGAUCCAUUCCUUCGAAUUCAACAGUCACUUCAACUCCAACUUCGUCUACCAGAGCAAACUUGAUCUCACAACAGACCAAGUCCGAGUUGUUAAGCUUAGUCCUGGCAAGGCGAGCAACUUGCGCUACUUCCUACAAAUUUUGGAGGGACCACAAUAG